AUGUCGAGCGAACAUCUGGUUCUAAAAGGGGCCCUUGUCGGUCACAAUGAUUGGGUUACACAAAUUGCAACAACACCUCAAUUUCCUGACAUUGUCCUCUCGGCAUCACGUGAUAAAUCCAUUAUAAUAUGGCAAUUGAAUAAUCAACAUGAUCCAAGUGGUGAAACAACUUCGUGCGGUGUCCCAAGCAAAGCAUUACGUGGUCAUUCGCAUUUCGUUUCCGAUGUUGUUAUAUCAAGCGAUGGUCUUUUUGCUGUGAGUGGUUCAUGGGACGGAUCACUUCGUCUUUGGGAUUUAUCCGUUGGUACAAGCACACGACAAUUUGUUAGUCACAAAAAAGAUGUUUUAAGUGUUGCUUUUUCGGCCGAUAAUCGUCAAAUUGUUAGUGGCAGUCGCGACAAAACAAUUAAAUUAUGGAAUACAGUUGGACAAUGCAAAUAUACCAUUGUUGAGGAUAAUCAUUCCGACUGGGUAUCAUGUGUACGUUUCAGUCCAAAUCAAAAAGACCCACUUAUUGUUUCAGCUGGUUGGGAUAAACUUGUUAAAGUUUGGAAUUUAACCAAUUGUAAACUACGCACAAAUCACUGUGGUCAUAAUUCAUACAUUAACACCGUAACAGUAUCACCUGAUGGUUCAUUAUGUGCUAGCGGUGGUCGUGAUGGUCAAGCUAUGUUAUGGGAUCUUAAUGAUGGAAAACAUUUAUAUACACUUGAUAGUGGCGAUGUUAUCAAUGCUUUAUGCUUUUCACCUAAUCGAUAUUGGUUAUGUGCAGCAAGUGGAACAUCAAUUAAAAUCUGGGAUUUGGAAACGAAAACAGUGGCCGAUGAAGUUAAAUCCGAAAAACAAUGUACGUCAUUGGCAUGGUCUGCUGAUGGCCAAACAUUGUUUGCUGGCUAUACUGACAAACAAAUUCGAGUCUUUGAAGUCCGACAACGCUAA